AUGACUACAACAGGGCCGAAUGUGAAUCACAAGACCGGCAACCAACCUGACACCACCACUGAAACCGACAUUGGUAAUCUAGCUGCAUUCUUGCAGCGCCUGCAGCCACAACAGCAGCGGCAGCCGCGGCCUCAGCAACAACCGCUGCCGCAGCCGCAGCCGCAAACACUGCCGCUGUCACAGUCGCAGCAGCCGCUGCAAGAAUCGCAAACACAGACCCUGACACAGACGCAGACCGGCAAGACCAAAGCCAAGAGCUCCAAAAAGCUCAAGAUCGAAAACCAGAUCGAGAUUGGAGCAUAUGCGUCGGAAGUGGUAGAUAUUGAUACCUUCUUCUCUGUCGUUGGCCACCUGGCCAGAUUUACUAAUAAGGCGGUCAAUGAGGAGAAGAGUGUAAAUAGGGCAAAUAAAGAUGCCAUCACGAGAGCAUCGCUCGAAAUCACACUGGCUCUAGAUAAAAUGAGGCAUAUAAUGAGAUAUGACAUUCAACCAUCCAAAGUGCGUGAAAUUCGCCAGGUGAUUGAGGACGCUAGAAGCCCACCUCCAACUAGAAGCCAGUCCCGACUUUCUGCUGCUGUGAUAUCUCCGGCAAGAACAGAAAGUGUCGAGGGACACGGCAGGAUGAAUGGGACAGGAGACACGGAAUUUCUGCAUGGGAUCAAUCAGAAACUGGACGAAUUACCAAAGACAAAAGAACUGGCUCGAAUAAUCAAGGAAACCAUCCGUCACGAGCUGGAUGAAAUAAAAGAUCAUCUUCAGAAACUCCCAGCCCGCGCUGAAAUCGGCGAACAAAAAAGGCUAAAAGACCUAGUGGACAAAGAGGAUGAAAGCAAAGAAACCGAUGACGGGGACUUUGUCGAGGUAGUCAGCAAAAACGCAAGAAAGAAGGCUCGUGCGCUAGCUAAAGUGCAAAACAGAACUGACACCUCGGCCGCGCUCCCCGCUGUUGCGACACAGAUGACACCACCCAAGACAACGAAGGGAGAAAGAAACACCAACAACACUGUGAACACCAGCUACGCUGUAGUAUUAGAAUCACUGGACCCUCGCAAAGAAAGUAAGGAGGCAUUGCAGGAGGUCCAGGAGAAGGUUGACCUGGUUGAGCUGGGUGUAGGAAUUAAGGGCCUGCGGCACACCAAGACAAAUAAAGUUGUCAUACAGUGCGAGACUGAGGAGGACAGAGUUGUACUCAGCACCGCCAUUAAAAAUAAAACCACAGGCGUCACAGUUGGGGUUCCGCAACUCAGGAACCCAUGUGUAAAAAUAAUCGGAGUUAUUAAGGAUAACGCAGGUGAACGCUCAGUGGAUGCCCUGGUAAAACAGAAUCCCAAAAUCAUGACCGGCAUUAGAGAAGAAGACAGGCAAAUAAGACACAUACGCAGUGUUAAAGGGCGCAACGAUCUUCUGAGAAAUGUUGUAGUAGAGGUUAGCCCACAAUUGUAUAACAGAUUAAUUGAACAGAAAGUGAAGAUUGGCUACCAAUCUGUCCCCGUGGUCGAUCAGUCACCGGUCAUGCAAUGUUAUAAUUGCAUGGGCUACGGUCACCGUGCUGCCAACUGCACAGCAAGUAGCAAAUGCGGGCGCUGUGCAGAGGAACACGCCACACGCAACUGUCCUAAAGCUUCCUCGGCGGAGUGCUGCACAAACUGUCGUGGGAGCGACGGUGAUCACAGCCAUCCUGCAUACAGCCAAGACUGCCCGGAAUGGAUCAAGUGGGACCGGUUAGCGAGAAUGUCCAUCCGGUACUGCUAAGGGCCUCCCUGCAGGAAACACAAAAGGCAACCAACACAUAUCUGUUAUGCAAUGCAAUUUGGGCAAAGGACAUAAUGCCAUGCAAGAGAUGUUGCAAAGCCUCAAAGAAAAUGAGUUUGACGUUGUCUGUAUGUCGGAGCCAUUUGUGAGCAACAACAAAACACUGGUCACUUAUAUUGAGGGGUAUGACAUCUACCAGCACUCUGACAACAGUAACCGAACAAAAGCAUGUAUUGCAGUUAGGAAAAAAUUAGGCAGCUACAUUGGACUCACACAAUACACAACUAAGAAUUUCGCGGUGAUAGAAUUAACACCAGCCAGUAACAACAAUAACAAUAACAAAAAGCUGCUCAUCUCCUCAAUCUAUGUUGAACCAGGAGAGGAUCCCUCUAACACGAUGACGCACCUGGAGCAGUUCCUCCAACAAAAUCCAAACAGGGAACACAUCGUGUGCGGGGACCUUAACGGAUGGCAUACCGCAUGGGGCUCUGUUAAAAAUAAUGACCGAGGGAGAACUGUGUAUGAU